AUGGGCGUAGUAACAUCGUACAUCCAUAGGCGACAAGAUGACCUUCACCUAUGGCCGCCAACCCGCGAGGCCGCUGUUGACGACAAUCUCUCACCACAUCAAUCUGAAAGCCUUCUGUCUGAGGGGCGUCUAGCCGGGCGGAAGAAUGCAAGCGAGAUUGAAGCACACCAAGUCGACGGGUCAACUAAGGAGCUCUUCACAACAGCCUCAACAACGACGGCGAGCUCGGGCUCGUUCCUUCGAUGGUGGUAUUUCGAGAUACUUAGCUGCGGUUUCGCAACAAUUUGUCUCAUCGCACAGGUCGUCGUCCUCUCCCUUUACGACGGGAAGCUCCAGGACAGCUGGACCGCUCAAAGUUUGACACUCAAUGGUCUCAUUGCCAUACUGGCAACGUUUUGUCGGUCCGCUCUCAUGGUUCCCAUAGCAGCCUGCCUUGCCCAGUCUAAAUGGAAUGCUAUGUCGGGGCGCAAUGGAGAUUAUCGCCUAGAAGACGUCGCCGCUUUCGAAGCGGCAUCCAGAGGCAUGGGCGGCAGUCUGCAGGUUCUAGCAAGGUUCAAGGGCACACACAUUGCCUGUCUGGGAGGAAUCCUUACCAUUGCCACCCUGGGCAUUGGCAUCUCUGCUCAGCAAUUGGUAACGGUGCGAAUUGACAAUGUCCCGGAUCUGGAAGCUUCUGGUGUUCCAGCCCCUGGGCCCGUGUUCCCCCGUACGGCGAUAGCGUAUGGAAGUGGAAGAUCAACAGGAUUGCCAUUCUCCACUGAUCUUGCCUUGAGCGUGGGAUUUCUAUCCGACCAUGUCAAUUUCCUGGAAGUGGUCUGUCCGACGGGGAACUGUACGUGGCCAAUCAUCCCUACCAUUGGUAUCUGUGGCGCUUGUGACAACGCCACAAGCCGUGUCAAAGUCCUUGACCGGGAUCCAAGCUCAUGCGGGGUUGUUCUAUCCGAGGGGGCCAAUUUUGGUUUUAGACCCUGCGAUGAUAUCGAUAUCGAUGAUGUCGAAGACGAGCUGGAGUAUAAGUAUUUCACAAUGCAGACACUGACGUCCACGGGCGAAACGGACGGGGUCCCAUUUCCCGGAGGUCCCAGAGAAGACCGCUUAAUAUUCGGCGAGUUUGCGGUCAUUGGGACUUUCCUCAAUGAGUCAGAUUGGGCUAAUCAUCCCAUCCCGAAAGACCCUCAGGCAUAUCACUGCGGUCUCUGGUACUGCGUUGAGGCCCAUCAAGCGCGUGUAGACGCAGGCAUCUUAAGGGAGGAGGUUGUCGGAGCAUGGAGUGAAGCACGUUUUGACUUUGACUCUGACCGAGGGACCUUUCAGAACCUACCAGACUCAUUGUCCGCAGAUCCGGACGAGGAAUUCACAGUAAUUGAGCCCUUCACCAUCUGGGACCUCAAUGGUAAUGCAACUAUAGCCAGGUAUAAGGCGGGCAGUUCGUUUUAUGAUGAGCGAACGACGCGCGGACAGGCUCUGCAUGAAGCCUUUGGCAAUAUGGACUCGUUCAUCGCUAAGGUCGCUCGAAGUCUAUCUAACGAUAUCCGUGCGACUUCCACCCCAAACUCGAUGCGCGGCGCCUGGUACCAAGGAACCUCAUACAUAAACCAGAUCAGCAUCGUCGUGCGAUGGCCCUGGAUCACGUUUCAGGUAGUUGUGGUGCUGCUCUCCUUCUUUUAUCUUGUGGCCGAGAUGAUCAGGACGGCAAGAAUGCCCGACGUACGGCCUCGGAAAGACGAUGCGCUGGUACCGCUUUGGAUCGAGUUGGACAAGGAUGUGAGGGAACAGGCUGCCCAGGGACUCGGUGAGCCUGAUGGCAUCAGACGGCGGAUUGGCAAAGAUUCAGUACAGCUUCUGAAUGGAGGAAAGAGAAUGCGGGUUUCAGCUGCUAUAGGAUGA